AAAUUAGGGGCGGCUGGCUUGACUGCUACUUUUCGAGUGGAGGCUGGCUUGACCGCAGUUGGUUUUCGCAUUCACGCUUGGAUUCCUCGACGAGUACAAUGUUCCCCUUUGAACUGUUUUCGGCCACAACCUGGACUUUAGUGGCUCUGUUUUUCGCAUUGCUUUUAUUAUAUGGUGUGUGGCCAUAUGGACACUUCAAAAAGUUGGGAAUUCCAGGACCCACGCCACUUCCCUUUAUUGGCACAAUGUGGAUUUUUAGAAAGGGCUUUAUUGCUGCUGACCAGGAGUGUCACGCCAAGUAUGGAGAUGCGUGGGGUUUGUUUGACUUUUUUUCUCGUAAUUUUUCAUUCUUUUCUCCACUUUCUUUUACAAUUAUUAUUUUUUUCUUGGAACAUCACCGCUUUAAUCUUUUUUUUUUUUUUUUUUCCCCCCCUCCUCGUAACAUCACAACUUUACUGUCAAAAGGUCUGCCGUACCGCGUUUGUGUGCAGUUUGUUUGACGGCAGAACUCCGGUGUUGUUGGUGACGGACCCCGAGAUCAUCAAGGCGGUGAUGGUGAAGGAUUGCUACACGGUGUUCACCAACCGCAGGGACACGCUCGUGGUGGGAGCGCUGGCCGAUGCCAUCACGUCCGUCAAAGACGAAAGAUGGAAAAGGAUCCGCAGCUCCUUGUCGCCGUGCUUCACCAGCGGAAAACUGAAGCAGGUGUUCUCGCUGGUCACUCGUUCCACGGAGCGACUUGUCGAGAGUUUGGCCAAAAAGGAUCUGAGCGAACCCGUGGACAUCAAACAAUUCUUCGGGCCGUACAGUUUGGACGUGGUGACCAGCGCCUCCUUCAGCGUGGACACCGACUCCAUCAACCACCCGGACGAGCCCAUCGUUCUUCACCUCAAGAAAAUUCUGAACUUCAAAUUUUGGCCGAUAGUGUUAUUGCUGCUUUUUCCAUUUUUCAGCAAGCUGUGCAGGUUUCUCAACCUUGACUUUAUGCCCAAGGCCAGCGCCGAGUUUUUCUUCAACAUCAUUAAGAGGUUUAAAGAUCAGCAUCAAGCAGAGCAGUCGAGUCACGCAGACUUCCUGCAGGUGAUGAUCCAGCACGAGAUCCCCGAGUCGGACAUAAAGAGCGAACACGAGCAGCCGAGUAAAGGUUUGACGGAAAGGGAGAUCCUGUCGCAGGCUUUCAUUUUCAUCUUUGGGGGUUUUGAGACCACGGCCACCACGCUGACGUACAUCCUGUACAACAUCGUCACCAACCCGGAGGCCAUGAGGAACCUGCUGGAGGAGAUUGACGCCAAAGUUCCCAAAGAUGGUUCCAUUUCAUACGAGAGCCUGCAGGGUAUGGAGUACCUGGACAACGUGAUUAACGAGUCCAUGCGCUUCAUCCCGCCGGCGCCUCGGCUGGAGCGCUUGUGCAAAAAGACCGUCGAGCUCGGCGGCCUCACCAUCCCCGAGGGGACCCUGGUCACCGUUCCCGUGUCGGUGGUCCACAAGGACCCCCGCUAUUGGAAGGACCCGGAAAGAUUCAGACCAGAGAGGUUCAGCAAAGACAGCGGCGAGGAGUUGCACCCCUACGCCUACAUGCCCUUCGGCCUGGGCCCUCGCAACUGCGUGGGGAUGCGCUACGCUCUCCUCACCGUCAAGAUGGUCCUGGUCCGCCUGCUGCAGAGCUACAAAGUGGAGACGUGCAAGGAGACCAUCAUUCCUCUGGAGUUUAACUGGAAGUUCCAGCCGGUCAAGCCGGUCAAAUUCAAGUUUGUGCCCAAAGAGUAGGCCAGAAAAGAGGGGGGAAAUAUAACAUGUCUGAAUGUAUUGGAAAGAAAAAGAGCGCUUUUUAAAAUUCUAUAAAUCACUCUCAUUACCCUCUUGACACAUCAAUCAAUGAGUGUAGCUAAUGAUUAAAGGAGAAUGAGAAUCUAUGCUGCAGUACUGGUAGCAGCCAGCAUGGGGCGCAGACAGCUCCAUAUUGGAGCUAUCAUUUUUGCAUUUCGUUCAUACUUCAUACUUUCAUACUGAUUUAUGCAAAUUUCAAAUAAAGAUAAAUCAUCUCACUGAA